GCCGAGAGGACAGAUGAAACGUGUCCUCCAUGGUCCUCCCCUGCCGUGGAGCUGUUUAGUGAGCUGGAGGGCAGAUUUCCUGCAGCCCGUGAAGGCAGCAGCAGCAGCCACACCGCUGCCUGCAGACUUGACGCCAUCGCAGCAGCGGCUUCAUUCACCCCCCGGUUCCUCCACAGCACGCCGAUGGAGAGCGGCGCUGCGGGGCUUUAGUGGCUCCCCCUCCCCAGGGUCGACGGUUUGGUGGCGCUCUAAGCUAUGAGGAGGGAAUAGAGGUGGAGAUACGCUGAAUCAGAGAGCGUUGUUGCUGGAUCUCAGCCGGCCUGCCCUCACGUCUCCUCUGUGUCCUGUCGUCCACAGACGGAGGAUAAUGGGCUGUGUGCAAUGCAAGGAUAAGGAGGCAGCCAAACUCACCGAGGACCGGGACGCCGGCGUGUCCCAGGGAGCCGCGUACCGCUAUGGCGCCGACCCCACGCCGCAGCACUACCCCAACUUCGGGGUCACCGCCAUUCCAAACUACAACAACUUCCACGCCCCGGUGGGCCAGGGCAUGACCGUGUUCGGAGGGGUCAGCACGUCCUCCCACACCGGCACCCUGAGGACCCGGGGGGGGACAGGAGUCACCCUCUUCAUAGCGCUUUACGACUACGAGGCGCGGACAGAAGACGACCUCAGCUUCAGGAAAGGAGAGCGCUUCCAGAUCAUCAACAGCACCGAGGGGGACUGGUGGGACGCCCGCUCCCUCACCACCGGGGGCAGCGGCUACAUCCCCAGCAACUACGUGGCUCCGGUGGACUCUAUCCAGGCUGAGGACUGGUACUUCGGUAAACUGGGCCGGAAGGAUGCGGAGAGGCAGCUGCUGUCCACCGGAAACCCCCGGGGAACCUACCUCAUCCGGGAGAGCGAGACCACCAAGGGGGCCUUCUCCCUGUCCAUCCGGGACUGGGACGACGUGAAGGGCGACCACGUCAAGCACUAUAAGAUCCGGAAGCUGGACAGCGGCGGCUACUACAUCACCACCAGGGCGCAGUUCGACGCGCUGCAGCAGCUGGUGCAGCACUACUCAGACCGGGCCGCCGGCCUCUGCUGCCGCUUGGUGGUUCCCUGCCACAAGGGGAUGCCCCGCCUGGCCGACCUGUCCGUCAAAACCAAAGACGUGUGGGAGAUCCCGCGGGAGUCGCUGCAGCUCAUCAAGCGUCUGGGGAACGGGCAGUUCGGGGAGGUCUGGAUGGAGAGUGCGGAUGGGUUGUGCUUUAAUUUAACGGGCGUGUGUGUGAACUCCACCCCCGACACUGUGGGCUUGAGUCAUGAUGCCUGGGAGAUCAGCAGAGACGCGCUUGAAAUGGAAGUAAAGCUGGGGACGGGAUGUUUUGCCGACGUGUUUUACGGAACGUGGAACGGCACCACCAAGGUGGCGGUGAAGACGCUGAAGCCCGGCACCAUGUCCCCCGAGUCCUUCCUGGAGGAGGCCCAGAUCAUGAAGAAGCUCCGCCACGACAAGCUGGUGCAGCUGUACGCCGUGGUGUCCGAGGAGCCCAUCUACAUCGUCACGGAGUACAUGGGCAAAGGAAGCCUGCUGGACUUCCUGAAGGACGGAGAGGGCCGGGGGCUGAAGCUGCCCAACCUGGUGGACAUGGCGGCGCAGGUGGCGGCCGGCAUGGCCUACAUCGAGAGGAUGAACUACAUCCACCGGGACCUGCGCUCCGCCAACAUCCUGGUGGCCGACAACCUGGUGUGCAAGAUCGCCGACUUCGGCCUGGCGCGGCUCAUCGAGGACAACGAGUACACGGCUAGACAAGGUGCAAAGUUCCCCAUCAAGUGGACGGCCCCCGAGGCGGCGCUGUACGGGAGGUUCACCAUCAAGUCGGACGUGUGGUCCUUCGGGAUUUUCCUAACGGAGCUGGUCACCAAGGGACGGGUGCCGUACCCAGGCAUGAACAACCGGGAGGUGCUGGAGCAGGUGGAGCGGGGCUACCGGAUGCCCGGCCCCCAGGACUGCCCCAUCUCGCUGCACGAGCUCAUGCUGCAGUGCUGGAAGAAGGACGCGGAGGAGCGGCCCACCUUCGAGUACCUGCAGGCCUUCCUGGAGGACUACUUCACCGCCACGGAGCCUCAGUACCAGCCUGGGGACAACCUUUAAGCCCCGGCCCCCCGAACCUCCCAGAACCCCCCCCACCCGGGCCUGGGAGGGGGCUGUAUCCGGGCCUGGGAGGGGGCUGUAUCCGGGCCUGGGAGGGGGCUGUAUCCGGGCCUGGGAGGGGGCUGUAUCCGGGCCUGGGAGGGGGCUGUAUCCGGGGCAGGCCGGGGCAGGCCGGAGCCGCCGGGCCUCUUAGUUUCAUGGAUGUGUACAGCUUCCUGAGCUCGACCCGAGCGUUCCAGUCCCGACCCGUAACCCCCCCCCUCCGCUGGGACCGCCGGUGAUGGACGGAGGCAGAUGCUAUGAAAUACCUGUAUUCACUGUAAAUAAGAAAAGCUGCUUUUAGUUUGUCUGCUUCUCUUCAAGAAUUUAUUUUCUCCUGCUCAAUAAAAUGAAGAAGGAGUAAGAGAGAGAGCGGCAGCGGAGGACGAGUCCGUCCGUGGCUCGUGUUAUUUUCUAGAAAAUGCUUCGGAGGCCUCGGUAUCUAUUUUUUCUUAUAAUCCUAGCGUCCUCCAGGACGUUUGUAGUCAUUCCAGAGGGUUCUCAAACCAACGCCGCGCAGCGUUUUUCUCUCCUUUCCCUUCCUUGGUUCCUACCACUCAUGGUGCCGCCGCUCUGAGGCCGGACCCGUCAGAACCCCAGGACCCGUCAGAACCCCAGGACCCGUCAGAACCCCAGGACCCGUCAGAACCCCAGGACCCGUCAGAACCCCAGGACCCUUCAGAACCCCAGAUACGCUGACGACCAUUCCCAACAUAUGUACUCGAGUUGAGGGGGGAUGAGGGGGGAUGAGGGGGGAUGAGGGGGGAUGAGGGGGGAUGGCAUCCCCCCCUGAAAUAAAAACGGUCCAAAUCAUCCCCCCUGUAAAACUGUCAUCCCCCCUUUCCAUCCCUUAUGUCAUUUCAUCAAUGAAUGUGGUUUUACUGAUAUUUCAACAUUUAGAGUCAUCACCAGAAAAAUAACUUAUUUGACAAUUUUCACCUGUUUCAAGUACAUUUUCACUAGAAAUAAGUAGAAAAAUCUGCCAGUGGGACAAGAUUUAUCUUCUUAUUACAAGCAAAAAAAUCUACUUGAAACAGGUGAAAAUUGUUGUUUUUUCCAGUGAUGAGUCUUGUUUUAAGUGUAAUGAGAUUUUUUUACUAAAAUGAGACAUUUUAACUAGAAAAUAAGACAAAUAUUCUUGUUAACAUUGAGUUUUUGCAGUGAUCCAUUUUACUUAUCCUGUGAAGGACAGAGUCAUAUUGAUAAGUUCAGAAAAGUGUUUUUUAUUGUUGUGUUUUGAUGUAUUUGAUGUAAGCCCAGUGGAUAUUUAAAGCUUACAGAAGGCUGCAUUUAACUGCUGCUAUGUCAUUCCUGCAGUAUUUCUGCAGGUGUUUUGGUCAGUGCUAUUAUUUGUACUAUAUUAUAUUAUUUGUAAUCAGCACAAAUUAUCUGUCCCCAUAUGAUCAAAUCCACCACCCCCCUGAUUUUAUUUUACAACUCGAGUACUGCCCAACAUCCUCCUCAUCCCUCAUUCGGGUGCGUGAGCAGCUGGCGGGUUUAGGGGAGCAGCCGCCUCCACAUCUGCCCCAGCUGCCCCGGGUCUCUGGGUCUCUGGGUCUCUGGGUCUCUGGGUCUCUGGGUCUCUGGGUCUCUGGGUCUCUGGGUCUCUGGGUCUCUGGGUCUCCGGGUCUCUGGGUCUCUGGGUCUCUGGGUCUCUGGGUCUCCGGGUCUCCGGGUCUCCGGGUCUCUGGGUCUCUGGGUCCCCGGGUCUCCGGGUCUCUGGGUCUCCGGGUCUCUGGGUCUCUGGGUCUCUGGGUCUCUGGGUCUCUGGGUCUCUGAGCUGAGAGGAGGCCGACCCAGACUCCAGUCCUCCCCGUCUCAGCGUUCACUCGUACGGCUCCGGGACUCCGAGUGCCGCUACCUUCCUUCUUUCUGUCUUUCAUUUCCAUUUUUUAACAUGACCUGUUUUGUUAAUUCAAUGAUUUGGCGUUUGGAAUCAGAAAAGAUCAAUAAACAUUUUACACUCUUA